AUGAGUGAUUUCGACAUUGCAAAGACACAAACUGGCCCAUCUUUCUUGGAAUCAUUAAAAAGACGCAAGGCUUUUGGUCUAGCAGAAUCAGACGACGAAGAUAGUAUACCCACCAAGGCUGCCAAAGAGAAACAUCCCAAGAAAAAGAAGAAGAAAUCACCCGAACCGAUAUCAGAAGACGAACAAGAGACUACAAAAAGACCAUCAUCCAGAACCGCCUCUCGCUCGCCAUCCCCUUCCACUACAACACAAAGCAAUGUAAACCCAUAUUUAGCAUCAGUUAUUGAUCUAGAUAAUAUUUCAUUUACGCCACAACCUAAACCCACGACUCCUGCCUCUCAACAGUCAACACAAAACACACAAUCUUCAGUCAAUGUCAUCGAUUUAUCAGACGAAGAUCAAGACGGCGACGACGUUGGCGUUGAUGAUUUAGACCCUGAUCUUGCUGCAUUAGCUCACUCUAUUGUUCCUGGAUCAUCCACACAGCCUGAAAAGAUUGUCAUCAAGAUUCAGUACACACACAACUAUGAUCUCAGUAACCUCGCUGAGAGCACCGUGAAAGGGAUCAAGUUCUUUGAGAAGCCAAUCAAGUUCAAAGUAAUGGAUAAUACUCAAUUCCGCGUUCUUUUGACAAGCUUUUGUGCGACCAAGAAAUACUUGAAUGUAGAUGAUGUGUAUUUGACCUACAAUGAUGAUAUUGUAUUCCUGAGUGGCACUCCUGCAAGUGUAGGCAUGACUUCAAUGGGAACACACAAAAUGGAGAUUUAUCCCAAGGGAUGUUACGACAAAAUGAUGGCAGAUAAGGAAGAGCAGCGACAGAAGGAACGAAUGAGACACCUGAACGGAAUUGAGAACGAGGAUGACAUGUACAGCGAGAAGGAUUCCAUUGCAAAUGCAGCCAGCUUUUCUGAGACACCUGCUAAUGAUGAGCCUGAGGAGGAGCGAGUGCGACUUAGCUUGAGAACUGGUGACAACAAGAAAAUGCCAUUCCGUGUCAAGGCUACAACUACAUUACGAGAGCUAGUGAAUGCUUUCCGAGAAAGAGCAGGAAUCAGCGAAAAUGUGCAGCUGUCAUUUGAGGGUGAGAUCAUGGAUCUGAGUCAAACAAUUGAGGAAACCGAUUUAGAGGAUGAAGACAUUGUAGAAGUUAUCACUCAAUAA